AACAUAAGUUUGUAAACAAUACGUCCUAGAGAAAAAUAAUAAAUUAUUUUAUUUUAGUCACUUCCUACUCUUGGCUUUCAUUUAUUUUGUUUGUAAAACGUAAAUGAACAAAUAUUAAACAUGAACAUUGACUUUGAAACGAUGGCUGUAUUGGAAGAGGAGUCACAAAAUAAAACGAAUGCGCGCUCGUUCCCACUGCGCAACGAGUUGUUCAUUCAGUCAUCAGUGUGUGUUCAGACUAUCUCCCAGGCGGACACGCGGUGUCAGAUCGAGUUGAGUGGUACUUACGGCUCAACGGGUGGGUCGGCGCCAGAAGGGGGUGAGAGACGCGAGGGGGGCAAGCGCGGCCGUAGACCCGGCAGAAAGGCGCAGGACAAGCAGGAUAUGAAGGCCAAACUUGAACGCAGUCGUCAGUCGGCCCGCGAGUGUCGUGCUCGCAAGAAGCUGCGAUACCAAUAUCUGGAGGAACUGGUUGCCGAUAGGGAGAGGUCUGUUCUUGCACUCCGAAAGGAACUUGAAAAGUUCUACACAUGGAAUCUCGAGUUAGACCAAGGCCGAAUGCCAGAAGGCAUAGAAGCGGUCCUUCAAGAGAUAGGGGUACUUAAGCAAGAAGAAAAGCCUAGUUUUUAAGUCAAAAUAAAAAAAAGAAAAAAAUAUAUUUUUAGAAUUUUCUAACGGUUUUUGGCGAGUUAAAUUUGGCUUUGUUUAAAUUUUAUAGACUUUUAUAAUGACAAAAUUGUAUCAUAAUGUAGCUCUUAACUUGUAUAAUAAAUGUAAAUAUGAUUAAAAAGGAGUUUCGCCGAAUUUAAUUUUAAAUAAAAGUAGAAAAUAGAGUACAACUCAUUGUUAAAUAUUUAAGUGUAAAAUGUAUUUUCUAAGAGAAAGUGUACCUCUGUGUAUUUUUAGAUUUAGAUAAAUAACGGCGAUGAAUGAAAUGUUGGAAAUUAAAAAAAAAGCUCACUUUACUCAAAAGAAGAAAAGUAAAGCCGAAAAUAAAAUCUAAUAAAAAAAAGGAUAUUGUCAUCUUCAAAAGUUUAUUUUGUAAAAUAUUUCUCAUUCGUCGUUCGCUUCAUAUAUUUUAGUAAAUGUAAAUAAUAUAUCACAUACUCGUCAACUAAGUGAUAUAGGAAGGUUAAAAACCCAAGUUAAUGCUUUUGGGGUGAUAAAAAAACGAUAACAUAAUUUUCUGUUAUCUAUGAACGGGAUUUCAGUUAGCAGUUUCGACCGUAUUACAAAGAGUUCACUAUAGCGUAACGGUCUUUUUGGCCAUUUAUUACCUGUUUUCCUAAGAGAGAUUGGAGAGAAUUGGUGAAUUUGAUGAUUUUUUAGACGUCAAAAGCAUUAUUCGGUUAUUUUUGUUAAUGUCUAGAUUAACAUAAUAUAUUUAAUUAGUGAACUUAGUUCAGUAGUGUUUUGUUAUAUAUAUUUUAACAAGCUCUUGCGCUGAUGCGCGAGAUGGCGUUGUACGGAAUUCGGGGCCAAAUUAUCUAUGCAUGGGGGAAAUGAUUCGAUAAGUUUAACGAAAAAGAGAUUCCAUUAGAAAUAUCCGUGUAAAGUAGAAAUGCUUCCGACUGCCCCUUAGGAGGAAAUAUCGUAACAACUUUGAAUGUACAUGGUAAUUUAGCUUUAGUUUUUUUUUGUGUUAAUUGUUACAUUUAAGUUACGCUUUUACUAACCCGAUAUGUCAGAUUAAAACGCCGACAUUAUUAUAUUAUUAACUUGGUCUUAUAAACAGUUUAUGGGAUUAAUAUUGGAAUAUUUAUAAACAUAGCCGUUUAUAAGACACACCGAUUUUGAUCCUAUAUUUUUUUAAGUACUUCCUAUGUUCAAUUAUUAGUUUUAAGUUUUAUUAUUCAGUAAAGUUUUAUUUUAUUAGAAUUUGAGUAAACGCCAUUAUUAACGUAUAUAUUGAGAGAAAAAUAAUGUUUGGUUUACGCGAGUAAAAGACAAAAUAAAGUUCAAUGGAUAUAAACGCGAAAUUAUUGCAUUAUGUAAGAAAUAUGUUUAUAGUUUAAAUCCGGAAAUUAUUUUCCCGCAUUCUAUGG